AUGCAGAAGAAUCUGGACAGACAACCAGGACAGGGAGGCUUUGGUUCCAGCAGCCAAAUUUUUGACUAUGAUGCCUUCUUCAGCAGCAAGAUUGAAGAGAAGAAGAGGGACCACACCUACCGGGUGUUCAAGACCGUCAACCGCAAGGCUGAUGCCUACCCCUUGGCCCAGGACUUCUCGGAAGGGGGAAGUGUGGCCACCAGGGAAGUGUCCAUCUGGUGCAGCAAUGACUACCUGGGCAUGAGCCGGCACCCCAGUGUGCUACAAGCCACACAGGAGACCCUGCAGCAGCUUGGAGUUGGGGCUGGUGGGACAAGAAACAUCUCUGGGACUAGCCAGUUCCAUGUGGCCCUGGAGCAAGAGUUGGCUGACCUUCACCACAAGGAUGCUGCCCUGCUCUUCUCCUCUUGCUUCGUGGCCAAUGACUCGACCCUGUUCACCCUGGCUAGGACCCUGCCAGGAUGCGAGAUCUACUCAGAUGCCGGCAAUCACGCUUCCAUGAUCCAAGGCAUCCGAAAUAGUGGGGUCCCCAAGUUUGUCUUCCGUCACAAUGACCCUAAACAUCUGGAGGAACUCCUGAGCAAAGCUGACCCCCUGGCACCCAAGAUUGUUGCCUUUGAGACAGUACACUCCAUGGAUGGUGCUAUCUGCCCCCUGGAGGAGAUGUGCGAUGUGGCCCACAAGUAUGGGGCCCUGACUUUUGUGGAUGAAGUCCAUGCUGUUGGCCUGUAUGGUGCAAGGGGUGCUGGAAUCGGGGAGCGUGACGGUGUCAUGCACAAGAUUGACAUCGUCUCUGGAACUCUGGGAAAGGCCUUUGGCUGUGUUGGGGGUUACAUUGCCAGUACUCGGGACUUGGUGGACACGGUGCGUUCUUAUGCCGCUGGCUUCAUCUUUACCACCUCGCUGCCCCCCAUGGUGCUGGCUGGGGCCUUGGCCUCGGUGCGCAUCCUCAAGGGCGAGGAGGGCCGUGCUCUACGUCGUGCUCAUCAGCGUAAUGUCCGUCACAUGCGCCAACUGCUCAUGGACAAGGGGCUUCCUGUCAUUGCCUGCCCCAGUCACAUCAUCCCAAUCCGGGUUGGAGAUGCAGCUCUCAACAGCCAAGUCUGUGACCUCCUGAUUUCCAAGCACAACAUCUAUGUGCAGGCCAUCAACUAUCCCACAGUGCCCAGGGGUGAGGAGCUGCUGAGGCUGGCCCCCUCUCCUCACCACACCCCCCAGAUGAUGGACUACUUUGUUGAAAAACUGCUUGAAGCCUGGACUGAAGUGGGCCUGCCCCUCCAGGAUGUCUCCUCUGCCGCCUGCAACUUCUGCCGUCGCCCUGUGCACUUUGACCUCAUGAGCGAGUGGGAACGCUCCUACUUUGGAAACAUGGGCCCUCAGUAUGUCACUGUGUUCUCCUGAGGGGCUGCAGAGGGGGAGGCAGGGGAAGAUAUAGUCACACAGGAAGUACAUUCCUGGUCCUGCCUCAGUCUAUCUCAUCAUUGUCACUUUCCUUUUUCUAGUGCUUUAGAUUUGCAGUGGGCUACCCUGACAGCCACUUGUAGAGGGAAAUCAUGUAAGAAUUCAUGUAUGUGUUCAGUAGUUCAAAGAUAAUAAACUGCAUCCCAUA